AUGAAGAGUUUGGUCAUUCUUUCAGUGCUUUGUCUGAUUGGAGGUUUGUUUUUUAGGAUACUGUUUUUAAAAAAUUGGAAAAUUCCAGGAGCCCAUGCGGAUUGUGCUUGUUACGAGGCCUCGAAUUAUACAGGCAAAUCUGCUCCCAUCAGUAAUUCCUAUAAUACUGAGGACUUUUCCGCCUGUUACAAGCAAUGCUCAUACGUGGCGUACAGUGGUGACGAUACCUACGGAUGGACUGUCAAUUUUCUUUUGAAUCAACUAAACAAAACAUAAUUUUUAGGGUCUGACGUUCCGUUGGGGUACUACAGCCGGUUCCGGAGGAUUGGUAGAAAUUUUCGAUGGUCCAGCCGCUAUUGGAACGCCUAUUAUUCAGUAAGCUUCGAGGCGUCUAGUAGGAAAACAUUGAGAAGUUUAGGAUAAAUGAAGGCGAAGAUGUCGAUAGUGGAUCUUCGAAAAGUUCAAUCAAAAGUUCGUCUUCUUCGAUCACCAUCAAGUAUUCACAGACUGGAACUGGAGCAAGUAAGUAUUCUAAAUAGUCAAAAAACAAAAUAUAUUGUCUCGAAUAACGAAGACACGUUGGGUUUCAAGGAAUGUCAUGUAAACCACAUACAUAUCUUAUGAAUUUUCCAUGUUGCGAACUUUACCAACAGAGCACAAUGUGUCCUCAUGGGAAUGUGCUAUACAACCUUGGAAGUCAUGAAAUGUAACAUUUUCCAUUCCAGAUGUGUACUACGGCGUCAUUAAAGCUGUUCCCGGCCUCCAACCGAGUGCCGCGCCGACCACCACCACAUCGGCCCCCACAACCAGAAGUUCCUUUCCCGCUGGUUUCACUAGAGAUCCGUAUCUGAUUUCACACGAUAUCCUUGUUGUGAUAAAUCAGAAAACGAGCGGUGGGAUUAAAACAAUGACUAAUGUUGGUUUUUAAAAUGGAUUUUGUUGUUUUUAUGUGACUAUAUUCAUAAAUAACAGCUAAACAAAACUAUGAAAUGAAAUAAAUUAAUAAAAUGCUUCGAUAUUAUAGAUCAUCGGUUUUGUGACGAAUUUCGUGAACAUACUCUCUACAACGACGGAUGUUAACAGUAUUUCGAGUUCGAGACUUUCUCUGGCAACACUUACACCUUAUUCCCCUUAUUUUGCUGUUCAAGGAGGGGUUUGUAUAUUUAAUCUUCCAAAUAACAACUCUUAUCAUUUCCAGAUCUGGGAAUUGAAUGCCACUUCCCUAACGCAGUCGCUCCGUUCCAGUGGCAUCACUCUCGAUGGAAGUAUUGACGAGUGAGUUUGGGCUGGGCGCGGUUUCAAGAAAACUGAUAAGAGAAGAAUGUGAAGGGUGUGUUAUGACGUCAUCUUUCAGGGCUCUCAUUGGGUUGAUCGAAUUGGCGUUUAAUGUGAACACAAAUAGCUCAACUGAUAGCAGACCAAAUGCUCAGAGAUCAAUUGUGCUGUUUACCGGAGAAUGGUAAGGUGCUUUGAACUUUAAUAUUUCAAAGAUAACUUGAAAAAAUCACUAAAAUGAUCCUGGAAUUUGGUUAUAGCGUCACAUAUAAAUUCCUUGCUACAAAUUGAGUAGAAAUUUCCAAAUUUUCAAAUUUUUCCCUCAUCAAAAUUGGAAAGAAAUACUUUUGAAAAACCUACAAAAAAAACAACUUUUUCCAGGCCAUCCACUGGUGCUCUUUUGAACGAAACUUAUGUGAAACCGAUAUUUGAUAAAUAUGGAGUAAAUCUUCUGGUUGCGGGGUACAAUUUGACCGAUUUGGAAUCAAGCCAAGUUCUCCGCCCAAACAGAUGGUACAAUGCAUUUACCACUGUUGCUACAAACAAUGCUGGUGUCGCAAAUUUUGUAAACCCAUUUUACUUUAAUAAUGGAUCGGAAACUAAUUACUGUGAGUUGAGAAAACAUUUUUUUUGUUUCCUAGCGGUUUCAAUUCAGAAUUUAGGGUGCCCACAGACUGGAAUUGAAUCAGUGGCAAAUGAUUCUGGUGCCAGUUUCUCAUUCUUCUCGGAACCGUUCAAUUACAUUGGACCUGAUGGGUCUUCUGCAGGCAAAUUGGAUUGGUCAGCACUUCCAGCUUACAACGGAGAGAAUGCCAGAUAUUGUAACUUUGCCAAUAAUCAGUACGUCUACACCAAACCUGCCGUGAGUCAUUUUUGAGCAAUGUAAUGCAGAAAAUUAAUGAUGUUUUAUGUUUUCAGAACGCACCAAGUAUGAAAGUUUCUGUGUACUACGAAUUGGAAGCUGGGAAAGAUACUUUGAGUUUCUACGACUCUUCGAAUACCCUAAUCGCUAGGUAAUGAGCUCCAACUUUGUUCAAAAAUGUUGGAAACUUUGAGAGAAAUCACAAAACUUUCGCUUAAAUGUGGCACUUGACAAACAUUGUAUCCAACUUUCUUAUAAUACAUAUAACGCCAUUGCUCUUUACAGUUUCACCGGUUACGACAUCUCCGAAGCAUCUUUCUACACUUCCACGGACGUUCUCACCGCUAGAUUCACCUCUGAUAAUCAAGCUUUAUACCGCGGAUUUUAUGUAAAAAUAACUCCUCAGCCAUCAUCAUAA